AUGUGUUCUUCACCUCCUAUCAAACUUGCUGUGCUCGAUGACUACCAUGAUAUCGCUGCAGGACAUUUCUCGCACAUUGACAGAUCCAAAGUGGACAUAACAAUCUUCCAUGAUACUCUACCCUCAUAUUCACACCCCAAGACUUCCAAUUCAGAGCGGCAAGCCAUUGUGGACCGUCUCUAUCCCUUCACCGCUCUCUCUACGAUGCGCGAACGCACCCCAUUCCCCCGCGAACUACUUCAACAACUGCCAAACCUCAAAACGGUAUUCGCAACUGGAGGCAAAUUUGAAAGCUGGGAUCUGGAUACAAUGAAGGAACUGGGCAUCACGGUGUGCGCUGCACCAGGCAAAGGAAGUGGACAGUCGCCGCGUUCGAUGUCUGUGAAGAAGGGCGGGGGCCAUCCAACAACACAACAUGUUUGGGCUCUGAUAUUGGGGUUGGCGCGCAACAUCGCUGCCGAUGAUGCUGUAGUCAAAGGCAAAGGCGGCCCACCUGGAUGGCAGACGGAGCUUGCGGUUGGAUUGCAGGGCAAGUCGCUAGGGGUGGUUGGCUUGGGUAGAAUUGGAGCACACGUCGCAAGAGUAGGCGUGCUUGCUUUUGGUAUGAAGAUAAUAUGCUGGAGUGCAAACUUGACACAGGAGAAAGCAGAUCAGCUUGCUGAAGAGACGGGACUUCCUAUCACCGGCGCGGGCAUGGUCGAUGAAGAUGAAAAGACGUUUAAAGUCGUGAGCAAGGAAGAUUUGUUCGCCUCUUCAGACGUCGUCUCUGUGCACUAUGUUCUGAGCGAGCGAUCAAAAGGUAUCAUAGGCGCAAAGGAGCUGGAAUGGAUGAAACCUUCCGGUCUAUUGAUUAAUACGUCGCGCGGCCCACUUGUCGACGAGGCCGCAUUGCUGGAAACAUUGAGAACUGGCCGCAUACGUGGUGCGGCGUUGGAUGUAUUUGAUAUUGAACCCCUUCCAGCUGAUAGCCCAUGGCGUACAGAAGAUUGGGAUAUCAAGGGGAAGAGCCGAAUAUUGCUCACGCCCCACAUGGGUUAUGUGGAGGAGGGCAUACUGGCGACUUGGUAUGAGGAAACUGCAGAGAAUCUGGAAAGAUUUGUCAAUGGGAGAGAAUUGUUACAUGUGAUUACAUGA